UAAAAGCAACAAUGUCAAUAAAAAUAUUGUCGUCAUGCUAAAAGAAAUCUUGCUUUUCAAAUAAAAUAUUUGACUGUCGCGGAAUUCGUCUGAUGCAACUUUUCAUCUAUUAAUUUUAUCCAUUUUUUCAGAAUCGAACAUCUUUAGGACUUCAUAAAAAUAAUAUAUCUGUAACAAUAGGAGGGAUAUCCAUAUUUGCUUUAAACAUACCUACAACCAUAGAAAAAUAGGUGAUAUAUUAAUUAUGAACUCAAUCCCUCUACAUAAAGAAAUUCAGAGGAAAAAAAUAAUUGCGUGGCAAAUGUUAGAGGUUGCUUUCUUAUUUAAUGCUUAUCUUUUCUUUUAUGCGCAAAUUCUUUGUGGCGACUUCUUUUCUAAUCACUAACAUCUUGGGGUGGGUGAAGACGAAUAUGGUCGAACUUAUAGAUUUACUGUUUACAAACAGACCACAAAUUAAUCUUUUGUAGUGGUUCGUAUAGAUUAAUGCUUAAUAAAUUUCUCCGUUUCAUUGAAGAAAUAAUUCCUUACUGUUUUUAUAUUGGUCAUGUUAAUAAUGAAGAAAGUUAUGUAAAACUUUUUAACUCUCAAUAUCAUAUGAAGAACUUUUAAAAAACGUACACAGUCUUUUGCUUAUGUAAUAAAAAAUGUAAUAAAUUUGUUUAAAUUAAACAGGAUUUGUUGCUGUCAAAUACUUAAAGCCUUGAGUAAUGAAGAUUUAACGUUUAUUUUUCUUCCACGAUUUUAUCCCAACAUUUGACAAUUAACGCAUUUCGAGUAGAUGUGCACCUAAACAAAUAUUUGUAAAUACUGCUUGAUAUGGAAAGGGCAAUAAAUUUAUUACCCUAAGCUUUUUAUUUAUUUUGCGUGUCAAACAUUUAAAAAUAUGUACCUUAAUUUUCAUUUUGCCUCAAA